UACAGUUUUGAUUUUAUUGUGUGAUUCCAGAUGGAGUUAACCAAUGGGACAGCAAUUGAGCAAUUCGUUUUGCUGGGCUUUGGAAUUGAGCAGCAAAAGCAAUUCCUGCUCCUCAGCUUUUUCACCAUCUUGUAUGUGCUCACUUUGGUAGAGAACAUCACCAUUAUCAUACUGGUACAUGUAGAUGCUCAUUUGGCCCAGCUGCCCAUGUACAUCCUGCUGAGCAACUUCUCCUGGUUGGAGAUGUGCUACGUCACUGCCACUGUGCCCCGCAUGCUCUUUGACUUGGCUUCUUCUCAUGGGGUCAUCUCCUUCCAUGCCUGCUUCCUCCAGUUCUACAUCUUCUUCUCUCUUGGCAAUACUGAGUGCUUCUUCCUAUCAACCAUGGCUUUGGAUCGAUACUUGGCCAUCUGCCAUCCAUUGCGCUACCCACAGAUUAUGUCCCCGAAUAUAUGCCAUUGCCUGGUGGCUGCUUGUUGGAUCCUUGGCUUUUUGUGGUACCUUAUUCCAUUAUAUUUUCUCUUCAACUUGUCGUUCUGUGGCCCCAAUAUCAUUGACCAUUUUUUGUGUGAUCCUGGUCCAAUCCUGUCCUUGGCCUGCCCUCCACUAGGAAAUGCUCCACUUCUCUGCCAGAUAUUUAUGGAUGCCCUUUUUUUAGGCAAUGCCUCCUUCGUUGUGCUCUCCUACUGUGUUGUGAGUCUCACCCUGACAAAACCCUCUUAUGAAGGCAGCCGUAGGAAGGCCUUUUCCACCAUAUCUUUCCACCUAGUGGUGGUGACCCUUUUCUAUGGCUCAGUAGGAGGGAUGUACUUGGCUCCAAGUGGAGAAAGUCAGUCAGAGGUGACUAAGGCUGUGACGCUCUUCUAUACUGCCUUUACACCUUUUCUAAACCCCAUAAUCUAUUGCCUGAGGAAUGAUCAGGUGAAGGAGGCCCUGGGCAGGCUGCUGAGGAGAAAGAUGAAAUUUCUGAGGAGAAAGGAGACAGUUUAA